AUGAGCGUGCUGGAUAAGACGCCGCGUGUGGCCGAAGAGACCGCCAAGUACCCGCGCGCGGAGCGUCUGGGAUCGCGCGAGCUGCGCUACGGUACGGCUGGCUUCCGCGAGGAUGCGAGUCUGUUGGUGUCCACGUGCCACCGCAUGGGAAUGUUGGCGGUGCUGCGCUCCAAGAGCGUGGGGAAGAUCGUGGGAGUGAUGAUCACGGCGUCACACAACGCUGCAGGUGACAACGGACUCAAGAUCAUCGACCCUAAGGGCGACAUGUUGAGUCAGAGGUGGGAAAAGUACGCCGUGCAGCUGACCAAUGCGCCCCAGGACAAGGUCGUGGAGGUGCUGGACGCCGUCGUCGCCGCUGAGAAGAUCGAUCUGGACCAGACAGGCAAUGUCUUUAUCGCCAAGGACACUCGUCCAUCCAGCGAGCACCUGGCUGAGCUCGCACGCGAGGGAGCGCUCGUGAUCGGUGGCAACGUCUUGGACUUUGGCCUGCAGACGACACCGCAGCUGCACCACCUGGUUCGCAUGUGGAACUAUGAGCAUUACAACAAGGGCGACUGGGCGUCCGAGGUUGGGUACUACAACAUGCUCAGCGACGCUUUCAAGCAGCUCACAGCCACACACGACUCCAAGCGCCUGGACACACGCUCCCCACUGCACGUUGACUGCGCGCACGGCGUUGGCGCGUUGCAGAUGGCCAAGUUGGCUAAGGAUCUGGGCGAUUCGCUCCGUCUCGAGAUCGUCAACACGCCUAGCGACGGCGAGCUGAACCUCCAGUGCGGUGCUGAGCACGUGGAAAAGUCUCGCCAGCCGCCCAACAACGUGACGCGUGAGAACGACCGCGGCAAACGCUAUUGCAGCAUGGACGGAGACGGAGACCGCGUUGUUUUCCACUACUUCGACGACGAAGGCACGUGGCAUCUGCUGGACGGCAACAAGAUUGCUUGUCUGUUUGCCGAGUUCCUGUCCGACAAGUUGCACGCUCUGGAGCUCGACCAGGAAGGCGUGACGUUCGGCUGCGUGAUGACUGCAUACGCCAAUGGCGCUGCCACUCAGUAUCUACAGGCCUUGGGUAUCCGUGUGGAGCAGGCGAAGACUGGCGUCAAGUACUGCCAUGAGAAGGCGACGCAGUUCGACAUGGCCGUGUACUUUGAGGCCAACGGUCACGGCACGGUCGUCUUCAAGGACGCGUUGAUGGACAAGCUGCACAAGUGGGAGAACACGCUGCACGACGAGCGCAAGAAGUUGGCGUUGUCGCAGCUGCUCGCCGCCUCCCAGCUCGUGAACCAGGCUACGGGCGACGCCAUGUGCGACCUGCUGUUCGUGGAAGCUCUGCUGGUCCAGAAGAACUGGGGGAUCGCCGACUGGGACGCCAUCUAUAACGACCUGCCGAGCCGUCAGACGAAGGUCAAGGUCGCGGACCGCACUGUCAUCAAAUCGGACGAGGAGGACGAUACCAAGGUGCUGGCGCCUGAGAGUCUCCGCGACGCGCUGGACGCGGCGCUGCAGGAAUACGCCAACAAACGCGGCCGUGCGUUCGUCCGUCCGUCCGGCACCGAGGACGUUGUGCGCGUGUACGCUGAGGCGGACACACAGCAGGACGCGGAUGCUCUUGCUCUGCAGUUCGCCAAGCUCGUGCACCAGCACUGCGGCGGCGUGGGAGUUGAACCUGCUAGUUUCGUGGCGUAA